GUUGUACGUAUGUGCACUCUUAUAAAUUAUUUUAGCGGUUCAACUAUAAAUGGCAUUGUCGAAAUAACAGUAAAUAAACCAACCAAUGUUCGAAGCAUUGCAUUGGUAAUAAGUGGAGAAGCUAAAGUCGAUUGGAGUGAAGAUGAGGGAAUGGGCGAUGAUAAAAAGUCAGUAACAUAUAGCGCGAACGAAAAUUAUAUUAACACAACCACUGUUCUGUAUGGAUCAACAGAUGGAAAUACUGUAUCUAUUAGUCCAGGCUAUCAUACAUACAAAUUUCUAUGCACACUUCCACCAGAACUACCAUCAUCCAUUGAAGGACGUGAUGGUAAAAUUCGUUAUUCUGCUAAAGUAGUUUUUGAUCGACCAUGGAAAUUUAAUAAAACAUUUAAUACCGGAUAUACUGUCAUCAAAAUUACAGAUCUUAAUUAUGAAAAUCCUCAGAUUAGACUACCAUCAACUUUAGAAAUUCAAAAGAAAUUUUGGUGUUGUUGUUUCGCAAGCAGACCACUUAUUGUCGAAGCUACUAUACCUAAAUCCGGUUAUGUUUCUGGUGAAUACAUAUCGGUUAAUUUCAAAGUAUUUAAUACAAGUGGUAAACGUAUACAGCGUUUUAGUGUUUCCUUAAAACAAUUAAUCAAUUCAAAAUCUGAUUAUCCAAGUAGUAAAUCAAAACUUCAAACAAUUACCCUCACAAAACAGGUUAUAGGUUCUAUUGAAAAUUCACAAAGAGAUGUGUUUCAAUCCAGUUUAUUAAUACCACCAGUUCCACCUACAUGCAAUGAGAUAACAUGUCGAAUUGUACAAGUUAAUUAUGAAGUUCAUGUUAAAGUUCAUGUAAAUGGGCCUCAUAUAGCUCCAGUUGUAAAACUUCCGUUAAUAAUUGGAAAUAUUCCUCUAACAUCAAUUAACAAAAAUAGUAAACAAGAACCACUAUCUACAAAUUCGUUGCUGCAAAAUCCCAAAACUCCAGAGAUUUCUGCUGAAGAAUUCGGCUUUCCUCCACCUUCAUAUGAAGAAGCAAACUAUGUAGAAAAAGUAAAUAUGAAUGCAAAUGAACAACAUCCCAUUGCCGAAUCCACUUAUUUACCACGAUAUCCGGUCUUUAACUUUAAUCAAUAAUUUUCUAAUACUUUGGAAUUUUUUUGAUUAUAUUUUUAUUAUCCUAUUGCAACUAAAUUUUUUUUUGAUUUUAAUAAACCUAAGUAAAAAAUUUGAUGAACAAUGCUGUUAAUUAAAGUCCACUUAAUAUAAAUAGGUACAUAAUGUAAGGCAAAGAAACAAAAAUAUUAAUCUUAU